AACAGCAGACAUCUCGAGUCGAGGGACGAGCCCUUCUUAAACCUCUCAAAAAACUCUCAGUAAACCCAGCGAAAAUGAGAUUCCUCCUUUUUCGAUCCGUCAAAACCUUGGCGAUGAAGUCCGCCGCCUCCCGUGGCUUCACCUCGGAGUCCGUCCCCGACCGCAAGGUUGCCAUCCUUGGCGCCGCUGGAGGGAUCGGUCAACCCCUUGCUCUUCUCAUGAAGCUCAACCCUCUUGUCUCCAGGCUCGCUCUCUAUGAUAUCGCCAACACCCCGGGUGUUGCUGCGGAUGUCAGUCAUAUCAACACCAGAUCUGAGGUUGCAGGUUAUGUCGGUGAUGAUCAGCUUGGACAAGCUUUGGAGGGAUCAGAUGUUGUCAUCAUUCCUGCUGGUGUGCCCAGGAAGCCCGGCAUGACACGUGAUGAUCUUUUUAACAUUAAUGCUGGAAUAGUCAAGUCCCUGUGCUCUGCAAUUGCCAAGUAUUGUCCUCAUGCAAUUGUUAACAUGAUUAGCAACCCUGUGAACUCAACUGUUCCUAUUGCAGCUGAGGUUUUUAAGAAAGCAGGGACUUAUGAUGAGAAGAAGUUGUUUGGUGUGACAACCCUUGACGUGGUUAGGGCUAAGACUUUUUAUGCUGCAAAGGCUAAUGUAAACAUUGCAGACGUUAAUGUCCCAGUUGUUGGCGGCCAUGCUGGCAUCACAAUUCUCCCACUAUUUUCUCAGGCCACACCAAAAGCAAAUUUGCCAGAAGAAGAUAUUAAGGCCCUUACUAAAAGAACACAAGAUGGAGGAACUGAAGUUGUGGAAGCCAAGGCUGGAAAGGGUUCGGCAACUUUGUCAAUGGCUUAUGCAGGAGCCCUCUUUGCUGAUGCUUGCUUGAAGGGACUUAAUGGCGUACCAGAAGUAGUGGAAUGUUCAUUUGUGCAGUCAACUGUCACUGAGCUUCCCUUCUUUGCUUCUAAGGUGAGGCUUGGCAAGAAUGGUGUGGAAGAAGUUCUGGGAUUGGGUUCCCUCUCUGACCAUGAAAAGGAGGGCUUGGAGAAACUGAAGCCCGAACUCAAGGCAUCUAUUGAGAAGGGAAUAAAGUUUGCCAAUGACAAUUGAUCAGUCUCUCAUGUCGAUCAUUACAAAUUUUGCAUUAUUUAUUAGUUUUUGCAUUUGUUGCCAAUGGCAACGGCAAUGUCUUUUCAAACGGAGUAGGUUUCAUGAAUAAUGCCCAAUGUCAUUUUAUUACAAGGGAAAUUUAACAAAAUUUAAGUGGGCUGAAUUAUCAUCUAUAAAGCCCCCUUCUCUUUCA